AUGGGUAGAAGGAACUCCACCGGUGUGUCUGACUUCAUCCUCCUGGGGCUGGCGGACUCUGCAGAGGCGCAGCUGCUCCUCUUCCUGCUCUUCCUCCUCAUCUACCUGGUCACGGUGCUGGGGAACGCAGGGAUGAUGCUGCUCAUUCGCCUGGAUGCCCAGCUGCACACCCCCAUGUACUUUUUCCUCACCCACCUGUCCUUUCUCGACCUCAGCUACUCCAGUGUCAUCACUCCUAAAACCUUACAGAACUUACUGACUUCUUCCAAGAGCAUCUCGUUCCUGGGCUGCUUCACCCAGAUGUUCUUUUUUGUCCUCUUUGGUGGUACUGAAUGCUUCCUUCUCUCCUCCAUGGCCUAUGAUCGCUAUGCAGCCAUUUGCAGCCCUCUACUCUAUCCAGCUAUUAUGUCCUCAAGAGUGUGCCAUGCCCUGCUCACUGGUUCCUAUAUGUUUGGCUUUGUUGAUUGCACUGUCAAUGCAGUUUGCAUGAGCAGACUGCAUUUCUGCAACUCUAAAGUCAUCCAUCACUUUUUCUGUGACACAUCCCCCAUUUUAGCGCUGUCUUGCAAUGACAUAUAUGACCUUGAAAUCAUAAUAUUCGUUUUUGCUGGUUCCACCCUAGUUCUGUCCCUCAUCUCCAUAUUUGGAUCCUAUGUGUCCAUUCUCUCCAAUAUCCUGAAAAUUAAUUCCACUGCAGGGAAGAAAAAAGCCUUCUCGACCUGUGCCUCUCACCUCCUGGGAGUCACCAUCUUUUAUGGCACUAUGAUCUUUACUCAUUUAAAGCCCAAGAAGUCCUACUCCUUGGGAAAGGAUCAGGUGGCCUCUGUGUUUUACACGAUCGUGAUCCCCAUGCUGAACCCUCUCAUCUACAGCCUCAGAAACAAAGAGGUGAAACAUGCUGUCCUCAGAGUUCUGCAGAAGCGAGGCGGACUAGUGUUCAUGAGUACUGUAGAUAGAGUGAUGGGUUCCAAAGAAAGAGCAGUAAACCCUAGGGAGGUCAGCACUGAGGAGCUCAAGAGAGCAGCAGCUGACGAACAGCAGCAGCAGCCCCCAAAACUCAGCAGAGUUCGCAGCAGUGUUUGGCACAGCCAGCCCCAGAAACCAUUGACUGACAGCAGCAGAGAGCAGCGCUUGAUAGCGUCCACCUACCAUGCGCAGCAGAAGCGGACACCAGAAGGUGGACAGCAGCAGCUAAUCCCAGCCCUCAGUGUAGUGGACCUAAAUGUCCCUCAUCACCAUAUCUGGAUCCUACGUGUCCAUUCUCUCCACUAUCCUGAAAAUGAGUUCCACUGCUGGACAGAAAAAAGCCUGCUCCACCUGCGCCUCUCAACUCCUGGGAGUCACCGUCUUUUACAGCACCAUGAUCUUUACUUAAAACCGAAGCAGUCCUACUCCUUGGGAAAGGAUCAGGUGCCCUCUGUGUUUUACACGCUCGUGAUCCCCACACUGAAUCCUCUCAUCUACAGCCUCAGAAACAAAGAGUGUGAUUCACAGUGCAGGGGCAGGUGUGAUGGGAUCAGGACUGGGAUGUACAGCAUGUAUCUAUUCUGCUUCAGCAUAAAGAUGUUUACUUUUUCCUUCUGUGGACACAGUGUCAUCAGCCAUAUCUACUGUGACAGUGAACCCUUGUUAUAAUCGCUCUGCUCAGAUACUCUUGAAAUUGAGGUGAUAAUUCUGAUCCUAGCCACUUUUAACUUGAUUUCCUCUUUCCUGAUGGUCCUCGUGUCCUACCUGCUCAUCUUUGUGGCCAUUCUCAGGAUGAACUCCGCAGAGGGCAGGCGCAAGGCCUUCUCCACCUGUGGGUCCCACCUGACCGUGGUCACGGUGUUCUACGACACUUUGAUAUUUAUGUACAUGCAGACCAAGUCCAGUCACUCCAGUGACACUGACAAAGUGGCUUCCAUAUUUUACACCCUGGUCAUCCCCAUGUUGAAUCCCUUGAUCUAUAGCUUGAGGAACAAAGAUGUCAAAUGUGCUCUUCAUAAGACUUGGAAAAUGAUAUGCGAGCAUUUUUCUUUCAAGCUAUGUACAAUAUAA